AUGAAGUGUUUAUUUGCUUGUCUUGCAGAAGAGUCAGAGCAGUACAAUGACCAGUCAGGUUCCCAGGAGGCACAGGAAGCAGGUGGGUUGCUGAUGCACACAACACACAACACACACCAAUGUGAUAUCUUAGAUAAGUCCCCAAUCUUACAAAGGGCACUGAAAUCUAAUCUUUAGUACAAUUGCGAUACAAUGCAGAGGCUGAAUCAGUCCCAGAACCGGAGGCUGACGUGGAACCAGAGGUGGAAUCUGUUCCGGAACUGGAAGCUGAAUCAGUCCCAGAACUGAAAGGUUAGGAGUAUAACACGUCUUGUGCCAUAGUCUCAAACCAUUGCUUUUUAAAGGAACAUUCUCACUUAGAGCUCCUGUGUCUACCAUUGAAUAGUGUUGAUUUCCUACUUUAACUGCACUGUACCUGCUAACCUGUGCAUGUGGAUUGUAGCAGAGGAGCCAGUGGUGGAUAGAGGACAAAACACCAGAGGGAGAUUCAGAACGUGGGCACACCAACAACACACACGUUUAUGCUUUAUUCACAGUAAACAUUUGAACACGCAUAAAUACAUUGUAUGUCAACAGCUAAAGCUAAUUUGAAUAAUAAAUAUGUUAAUGUUGGCAGUCAAAUAACGUGACUAUAAUAGGGACUCUAAUGCAGGCCAGGUUAUUGUAUAGAGUAGAGUUGCAUUAUUGACCUCGGAUCAGCCGUCUACAGCUGCAGUUGACAGGCAGGCUUGCUUGACAUGGCGGGGGGCUCAAUGCAGCGUGUAUGUAAUUAUAGCCCCCGUUGGCAUAUCCCAGUGCUUCCAGUCAUUCAAGGCCACCUCAAAGGCACUUAUGUAACUGUCCUUUCUAUGGAGGGCUUCACCUGCAUGUUGAGGGUUGUGCUGUGCGAGUUUGUGCUGGAUACUUUUUUGGGUGGUUCCCAUAGCUGCGGGAAGUAGUAGAACUUUUUGCCACUAGUUGACACAUGAGUUGGCUCUUAACAGUGGAGUAAGAUGUUCAAUAGACGUGCAUCACUACAUGACUAGGUAUCAAAGUCACUCAGUUCCUCCUAAUAAGCCUUGACUGAUAUACUGGCCCAUCAGCAUCCUCUUGUGGUCAUGAACUGCAAGGACAAUGUUGUGGUGGGAGGAACACUGCCUAUACAGUAAUUUUUAAUAAUAAUAAUAUAAUAUGCCAUUUAGCAGACGCUUUUAUCCAAAGCGACUUAGUUAUGUGUGCAUACAUUUUUACGUAUGGGUGGUCCCGGGGAUCGAACCUACUACCCUGGCGUUACAAGUGCCAUGCUCUACCAAUUGAGCUACAGAGGACCACAUUGAGCUACAGAGGACCACAUACAGCAGAAGGAAAAACACUGGUCUGAAGUUGAAGUGUGGGGUGCACUUUGAAAAGCCCCCCAGAUCCCUUGCCUAUGGCCUGUAUCCAAUAAGCCUAGUCAAUUGUGACAUAAUCACCUUACAUCACUGCUGAGAAAUGUCAGCUCAUGUCACAAUUUAAAAUGAAUUCUUCAGUUUAUUCCUGGUUGCGUGCCAUUUUCAUCAGGCCUUGUCAGUUUUAUUGUAAUCUGUGAGAUUUGUAUAAUAUGAGCAGUCAAUAUACAUCAUGAAAAAAGCAGACCUCUACAAUGUCAAGUGUCUAUUAUUGCAGAGUGUUUGUAAACCCUGGGUUGUAAAUGCUAUGUAUUGGUCAGUGAGAGGCUUUGAAGCCACUGUUCAGCCAUAUUGGUCCUCCCCAGAGGAAGCAGUCCUCCAGAAUGAAUGGAAUUCUACAAUAUUUCUAUUGAAUGAUUCAAGGACAAAAUGACUGUCUUUUUGUUGUUGAAAUGGGGACAGUAACAUUAGAACUUUCUAAAAAUUAUACUUUGAGGAAAAUGUUUUAAUAUAUUUUUUAUAAAUAUAGUUUUUUUAUGUUUAGCUCAUAUAAUUUAAAAGUAUGCAUUAGGUAUCUGUAAUAGAAUAAACAUGGCAAAAACCAAUGUAGACAAAUGCAUUUAAUGGUAGGGGAGUGCCAAGAUGGAAGCACGGUGGCUUCAGCACAGUCAUCUAGUUUAUACUGUAUAUAAAUUAUUGGUUUGCUGCUGUUGGCGUUAUUAUUUUCUUUACUGAAUUGGUGGACACCAUUCUCAAUAGAAUCCUUUAUAUAAACCUUUGUUUUUUCCAAGAAAAUCAUUAUGCUUUUUAAACCAGAUCUGUUCUUGGGGCUUAAAUGUGUCUUCCUUUAAAAGCACUAUGGAAAAUCUUGUAAUGUUUUUUAGACCGUGCUUUAGUUACAUGGAUCUGAAAAGCGUUAUUCAGUAUGUUGAUAGCAUUCAUAGCAUUAGUCUAGCUGUCAUUUUCUUCCCUUUUGUAUGUCUUUCAGAAAAUGCUGAGGUCCAACCCAAGGAUAAGCUUAAAGAAAAAGGUCAUUGUUUCUUUUAAUCCUUAUUUUUAUGGCGAACACAAGCUUUAUAGAAGCAGGAUAGCAAGGGGUGGCCGACCCUCCUGGAGAGCUACCCUGCCGCAGGGUUUUUUUUCCCAGCCCUACUCUGACACACCUACUAAUUAUCCUCCCCCGAGACCUUGAUUUACUGAAUCAGGUGUGUAAGUGUAGGGCUGGAGCAAAAUCCUGUACACUCAGAAGCUCUCCAGGAGGGUUGGCCACCCCCGCACCGUAGUAUUGUAGUUAUUGUCCUCAGUCGGCAUUAAUGGCCUCCCACCUAGCCCUGCCAAUGAUGUUGCUGUGUCAAGCUUUUAACUGUGAAUACUGAUGUCAUUGAAAUGUCUUGAAACGACCCACUCAGUCACAAUGAGUGACGCAUCAGGAAGUGACUUUAGAGUAGAACAUAACUGAGAUUACAGUGUGCUCUGCCAUUUUCACUGAGAAACUGCAUACAGUAGCCACAUGCUGAGAUUGCAGCCACACGCGCUUUGAGUGAUCCAACCAAUCCCUCACUGAGGUUCUGUUCUUCGUUUCAGCUAAAAAGAAGAAGCCCAAACUCCUGAAUAAAUUUGAGAAAACAAUCAAGACGGAGAUUGACGCUGCUGAGAAGUUACGUAAAAAGGUAAGUAAAAAAGGUCUGAUGUUGUCCUCUUUAUAAGCCUGUGUGAGGUUUUUAAUGAACAUGUAUCUUGAAAGUAAAUGGCUGAAUCAAUGCUGAUCUGUUGUUGUCUUGUUUCACCACCCAGGGGAAAGUGGAGGAGGCUGUCCGGGCUUUUGAAAAUCUAGUUCUGCAGUACCCCCAGAGUCCCAGGUGUCGCUAUGGGAAAGCUCUGGUGAGAACGACUGUCUCAAUUUUCCUGGUUUAUAUUGAACUGGUUAAACAAAUUGUAACCCUUUAACAUUUUUAACACUUAGUGUUUACACUACUGUAUACUAUGAGCAUAAACAAAUUGCACCCAUGUACAAAUAGGGAAAAGGCUUGAAAUGUUCUGGGGCUCAUUGUGUGUGUCCAGGCUGAGGAUGAUCUGGCAGAGAAGAUGCUCAGCAACGACAUGCUGCAGAAGGCCAUCGGCACAUACAAGGAGGCGUCAGAGCUGCCCAACGCCACGCCUGACCUCAUCAAGGCCACAUUGAAGAAACGGGCUGAGCGUCAGCAGUUCCUAGGUAACGCACAGGGCCCAGCAUACUGGAGUGACCACACACACACAAACACACACACACACACACACACACACAAACACACACACAAACACACACACACAAACACACACACACACACACACACACACACACAAACACAUAUUUUUGAAGGGAGAGAGAAUAUUAUACUGUCCAUUUCUCCUGCGUACUUAGUUUGAAUACCAUUUGGGAAAGGGGUUGUAGUGGUUGUCCUUCUCAAUGAGAUUUAAUUGAGUAUAUCUUUUUUAUAUCUCCAGUAUUUUGGAAUAUUUAGUAUAAUUGAGAUUACUGGGGAGUCUGGUUGUACAUAGGGUGACUUCCUCUCUCUCUCUGGUGUAGGUCGUAUGAGGGGUGCCUUGGUCACGUUGGAGAAACUGGUACAGAUCUUCCCUGAGGACGUGGCCCUGAAGAACGAUCUGGGCGUGGCCCAUCUGCUCAUCGGAGACAACAAGAGCGCCAAGAGGGUCUACGAGGAGGUGAGCCAAAGUCGUCACCACAUUGGUGAAACAAUGUGUUAAAAAUGUAUCGCUAUUGUGUUGCAAUUUAAAUGUGGUCGUAAUUUGUAAAUGGAAUGUGGCCAUUUUCAGUAGGGAAGUUUCAAUGAGUGUCAUGAUUGAUUGUUUGAUUAACAAUUGAUGAUUUCUAAUGAUGUUAUCCCCCGGUAGGUGUUGGCCAUUGCACCAAGUGACGGCUUUGCUAAAGUCCAUUACGGCUUCAUCCUCAAAUCAGAAAACAAGAUAGCAGAGAGCAUCCCAUUCCUCAGGGUAAGUACUGUGUGUAUAAUAAAUAAUAAAUCAAUCAUGCUCACACAGAUUCAAACCACUCUUUUGAUCCUGAACCCCUUCUCUCUGCACCGAAACCCCUCUCUCUGCGCCGAAACCCCUCUCUCUGCACCGAAACCCCUCUCUCUGCACUGAACCCCUCUCUCUCUGCACUGAACCCCUCUCUCUCUGCACUGAACCCCUCUCUCUCUGCACUGAACCCCCCUCUCUCUUUACUGAACCCCCUGUCUCUGUACCGACACCCCUGUCUCUGCACUGAAACCCCCUCUCUCUGCACUGAAACCCCUCUCUCUGCACUGCAGGAUGGUUUGGAAUCAGGAGACCCUGGCACAGACGACGGCAGGUUUUACUUCCACCUCGGAGACGCUUUACAGAGAAUGGGAGAUGACAGUGUGAGUUAAGAUCAAACUCAGACACCAAGCUUACAGCAAUACUGACUCAGCACCAGCAGUAUUCACUAGAUAGUAACUUCACUGAGUAUUGUAGCAGUAUGGCUUCUCGUAAUAGUAUUUUUCUUCUGACAAUAAGACAAAAACAGAGCAUUUGAAAAUACUGUAUGUGAGUUAAAAUGUGUUGGUUUUGGAAUACUCUUCCAGGCCUACAAAUGGUAUGAGAUAGGGCACCAAAGAGGUCACUUUGCCUCCGUAUGGCAGCGAUCUCUCUACAAUGUGGACGGUCUCAAAGCCCAGCCGUGGUGGACGCCCAAGGACACUGGCUAUAUGGAUCUAGUCAAGGUACUGUAAAUGAUGAUAAUUAUGAUAGACAUGAUAAUGUCUCAGCUGGUUGCCUUUUCUCCCUGAUAGUUGAUUGAUCAAUGUGACGGAGUUCAAUAAAGUCUAGAGGGAGUACUUCCUCUCUAUUCCAUUGAUCACUUCUGUGACAGCGUGGGCAGGGACAGCUGAAGAACGAUCUGGCCUUAAUGCACUCUUAUAAUCUCCACCUGGCACAGCCAGAAGAGGACUGGCCACCCCUCGGAGCCUGGUUCCUCUCUAGGUUUCUUCCUAGGUUCCUGCCUUUUUAGGGAGUUUUUGCUAGCCACUGUGCUUCUGCAUCUGCAUUGCUUGCUGUUUGGGAUUUAAGGUUGGUUAUCUGUAUAGCACUUUGACAACUGCUUAAAAAGGGUUUUAUAAAAUACAUUUGAUUGAUUGAUUGAACAUGGGCUGCCUGCUUUUUUAAAAUCGUUUUCUUCUUCGUUUGAGUUUUGAACUGGCGUAAAGCAGUCUCUGACCAUGUAUCCCCUUUGCUGUGCCAGGGGCAGACCAUAGAAAUAUAAUAACGUGUCUCUAUGUCAACGGGACAGACCCUGGAGAGGAACUGGAGGACCAUCAGGGACGAGGCCCUGUCAGUGAUGGAUAAAACCACCGGCCUCUUUGUUCCAGAGGAGGAGAACCUCAGAGAAAAAGGGGAGUGGGGUCAGUUUACCCUCUGGCAGCAAGGUAAACCAAUCAAACACCUGGCAACUUCCUAUGUUACAAAUAGACUGAAAAACUCCCCACAAGUGCUUUAGGAUUAGGGGUUAGUGGUGUCUGAACCUGGCCUCUAAUUCCUUGUUUCUCUGUCCUCCUGGUCAUGCAGGCAAGAAGGCAGGGGAGUCGUGCCGCAGUGUUCCAAAGACCUGUGGCCUGUUGGAGCGCUACCCGGAGGCUACGGGCUGCAAGAGAGGACAGGUAGGUCACCCCGCCACAGACGGGACUGACAUGCCAACUAUUAGGCAACCAGCACUGCUGUAGAGCAGGGGAGGAUAGAUGGAGAGACAGUCUGGCCCUGCAGGCUCCUACUGGAGAUGGAUGGAGUUACAAAGGCACUAUGCUGCACUCACUGCAAUUUCUUUCAAUUUCUGUUGCAAAAAUAGGAAAUGUUUGUGUUUUUUGUAUGUGGCUGGCCAAUGUGCCUUUGAGCUAAUAGGUUGCUUCAAAAACAAAUAUAAAUUGUCUGAAUUCUUUUUUUUUUACGUACUUCAUUUAAAUACUUUAAUUUCAGCUGUGUUCACUUUCUCUGGGUGUAUGACCGCCUCUCUGUCUGUCUCUGUUCUCUGUCUCUGUUCUCUCUGUCUCUGUUCUCUCUCUCUUUCUCUGUAUCUCUCUCUCUCUCUCUCUGUGUGUCUCUCUCUCUCUCUGUGUCUCUGUCUCUGUCUCUCUCUGUGUCUCUGUCUCUUGUCUCUCUCUGUCUCUCUCUGUCUCUGUCUCCCUGGGUUCCAGAUCAAGUUCUCGGUGAUGCAGUCUGGUACUCAUGUCUGGCCUCACACGGGGCCCACCAACUGUCGCCUGCGCAUGCACCUGGGCCUGGUCGUCCCCAAGACGGGCUGCAAGAUCAGGUGCACUAACGACACCAGGUAACACCUUCCACAGCUAUCAACGUCAUGCCUUUUUACAUCUAAUAACAUCACGCACUUGUUAGUUUUUGGUACAGUGUGAGACUUAUCAUUUGAGUGCUCAGUACUUAAUAUCACUCAAGACUAAGUAUUGUUGCAAAAUAUCUUUAACGUUAUCUUGUCGAUCUUGUGGACUGUAAGUUCUUGCAUCCAUAGCUCCACCUAUGAAUUUGAGUGAUUGCAUUUCCCCAGCCCCAUCCCUCUCAGCUUUAUACCAAACUAACUGGAGGAGCUGCUGUUGGGUUUAUAAACUCAUCCAUGUGGCUUCAUUAAUAGAAAGGCUAUGGUUUGUUCUGUUCUCUUCCAGGGCUUGGGAGGAGGGGAAAGUGCUCAUCUUUGAUGAUUCCUUUGAGCAUGAGGUGUGGCAGGACGCCGACAGCUACCGGCUCAUCUUCAUCGUGGACGUGUGGCACCCCGAGCUCACCCAGUACCAACGGCAGACUCUCUCCCCCAUUUAG